UAACAACCUUGAGACAGGGGAAGAAUACUGAUAUUAUCUGCCCUCUAAUAAUUUUUUUGGUAACACUUUACAAUAAGGUUCAUUAGUUAAACAUUAGUUAAUGUAUUAACUAACAUGAACUGACCAUUUAUUACUGUAUUUACUAAUCUUCGUUAACAUUAGUUAAUGAAAAUACAGUUGUUCAUUGUUUGUUCAUGUUAGUUCACAGUGCGUUAACGAAUGUUAACAAGAUUUUAAUAAUGUAUUAGUAAAUGUUGAAAUUAACAUUAAUAAAGAUUAAUAAAUGCUAUAGAAGUGCAGUUCAUUAUUAGUUCAUGUUAACUAAUGUAGUUAACUAAUGUUAACUAAUGAACCUUAUUGUAAAGUGUUACCAUUUUUUAACAACUGUACAUUACCUCCUACAAUAGUAGAAGGAUAAUCUAUAAAUAGUACACCAAAUAGCAUGAAAAAAAGUGAAACAUUUCUGAUGAAUGGUCUAUUCAUACAUCGUAAGCAUUUUAUCAUAAGAGUCACAUUUAUUUGCAGUACACAUUUAAAAUGAUUGAGUACAGAAAGUCCUUAAAAAAUGCUAGAUCUACUUAUUUUUCAAAUCUCUUAGAAGAAAACAAACACAACCCUAGGUAUUUAUUUGAUACAGUGGCUAAAUUAACGAGAAAUAAAGCUUAAACUUCUGAUGUUUCCAAACAGCACAGCAGCAAUGACUUUAUGAACUUCUUUACUUGCAAGAUUGAUAAUAUUAGAGAGAAAAUUAUAACCAUGCAACAGUCUACUACAGUAUCGUGUCAGACUUUGCAUUGUAGUGUCCCUGAGGAAAAAUUCCAUUCAUUCGUUGCUUUAGGACAUGAAGAAUUGCCUAAACUUGUUAAAUCAUCAAAAUCAACAACAUGUAUGUUAGACCCUAUACUGACUAAGCUAUUGAAAGAGAUGCUUCCAGAGAUCAUAGAUCCUCUUUUUAAUAUUGUUAAUUCAUCUUUAUCACUAGGAUACGUACCGAAACCUUUUAAGCUGGCUAUUAUUAAACCUCUUAUUAAAAAACCACAACUUGAUCCUAGAGAAUUAGUCAAUUACAGGCCGAUCUCGAAUCUACCUUUUCUGUCAAAAAUACUAGAAAAGGCAAUAUCAUCGCAACUACAUUCCUUCUUGGAAAGAAAUGGUAUCUGUGAGAAUUUCCAGUCAGGAUUUAGACCAUACCAUAGUACUGAGACUGCUCUCAUUAGAGUUACAAAUGAUUUGCUCUUAUCAUCAGAUCGUGGUUCUAUCACUAAUAUGUUACUAGAUCUCAAUGCUGCUUUUGACACUAUUGACCACAACAUUCUUUUGAAUAGACUUGAAAUUUAUGUUGGCAUUAGUGGAAUUGCAUUGGCAUAGUUCAAAUCUUACUUAUCUGACCGUUAUCAGUUUGUAGUAGUAAAUGAAGAGAUGUCAUAUCAAUCACAAGUUCAAUAUGGAGUACUGCAAGGCUCAGUACUAGGACCGUUGCUUUUCACUCCGUACAUGCUACCCUUGGGAGAUAUCAUUAGGAAGCAUGCCGUUAGUUUUCACUGUUACGCUGAUGAUACUCAGCUCUAUAUUUCUUCGAGUCCUGACAAAACAUACCAAUUCACAAAAUUAACGGAAUGCAUAGCUGACAUAAAAAAUUGGAUUACCAGUAAUUUCUUACUACUAAAUUCAGAAAAAACAGAGAUUCUAAUUUUUGGACCAAAAACUUCUUCACGUAAUAACCUAGAAUACUGUCUAACACUUGAUGGCUGCUCUGUUAAAGGGGACCUAUUAUGCAAAAUUCACUUUUGCAUGGUGUUUGGACAUAAAUGUGUGUUGGCAGUGUGUGUACACAACUACCCUAUAAUGAUAAAAAUCCACCCAUUCCUUUUUUUUUUAAAUCCCCUUAAAUCAUAAGCAGUGUCUCAGAACAAGCCAUUUCCAGAUCCCUGGCAGUGUGACGUCACAUUAGCCACAGGCCCCGCCCACAAAUGUUGACAGACACAGCCGUUUUAACAUAGAACCGUCCUGAGCAAGUUCACAGCAAGUUUACACAGUCCGCCAUUGCUGCACUGACGAGAAUGUCUCCCAAGCGUUUUAGGUGUUCUGUAGCUGGAUGGAUUAAUCCACAUAGCUCUCUCCAUUUACUCCCUCAAUCUGAGCCGCUGAAGACGAGGUGGGUUAAUUUUGUUUUUGAAGAAAAUGCUCCCUCAACUCUACCGAAAUUUGUUUAUGUCUGCGCGAAUUAUUUCACACCGGACUGCUUUGUGAAGAAUGUCAAUACAAAGGGACAAUACAAAACAUACAGUCUCCAGAGUGAUACUGGAUACGGCAGUAAUAAAGGUGAGGGCACUUUAUUACAGUUCAUCGGAGUUGAUUUACGGAUGUAAAGUUUACCAGUUUAUUAAGCACCACCGAAAAGGCAUAAUGUCUUUAUAUAUUUGUUUACUGUUAGUUGUAACGAUCGUUUAUGUGUACUUCGCUGUGUAUCUUGAUGAUACACAGAGAGAGAGAGUUUAUGGAUAAUAUUUAAUGCACACUUGCACUGUGUUUUAAACUCUUACAGUGAUUUUCUAGAGUGAAAAUGGAUGCUUCAUAUUUUAUGUGAAGUACAAUAAACGUUAUAAAUCUCAUCGGUAAACUGGCUUGUACUAAUAUAGUGUAUAAAAACAAGAAGACAAUAUAAGUUAUAACCGUAAUUGAACUAAACUAUACCUGUUCUAUCUCCAUGCAGCAUGUCUUCGCAGUUUCUGACAUUAUAGUGCAUCCUGAUUGAAUCCUGACAGGGGAGAAUGAGCUCUUGAAGCUCCACCCUCUUAGGCCGAGCGCAGCAGCUCAUUUGCAUUUAAAGGGCACAGACUGAAACAGCGCGUUUUUGCUCAACCUCAAAAAGUGGCAAUUUUAACGUUAUAAAAAAUUAUCUGCGGGGUAUUUUGAGCUAAAACUUCACAUACACACUCUGGGGACAUCAGAGACUUAUUUUACAUCUUGUAAAUGGGGGCAUAAUAGGUCCCCUUUAAGUCUUCGUCAUCAGUUAGGAACCUGGGUGUGCUCUUUGAUACCAAUCUUUCAUUUGAAAGCCAUGUUUCUAGCAUCUGUAAAACUGCAUUCUUCCAUCUUAAAAAAAUAUAUCUAAACUACGACAUAUGCUCUCAAUGACAAAUGUGGAACAGUUAGUUCAUGCGUUCAUGACCUCAAGGUUAGAUUACUGUAACACUCUGCUGGGUGGUUGUUCCGCUCGCCUGUUAAACAAACUACAGCUGGUCCAAAACGCAGCAGCUAGAGUUCUUACUAGAACUAGGAAGUAUGACCAUAUUAGCCCAGUUCUGUCAACACUGCAUUGGCUCUCUAUUCAACAUCAUAUAGAUUUUAAAAUCUUGCUACUUACCCACAAAGCACUAAAUGGUUUAGCUCCCCAGUACCUGAGUGAGCUCUUAAUGCAUUAUAGUCCUUCACAUCUAUUGCGAUCUCAGAAUUCUGGACAGUUGAUAAUACCUAGAAUAUCAAAAUCAACUGCAGGUGGUCGAUCCUUUUCCUAUUUAGUACCUAAACUUUGGAACAGUCUUCCUAUCACUGUUCAGGAAGCGGACACAUUCUGUCGGUUUAAAUCUAAACUAAAAACACAUCUGUUUAAACUUGCAUACACAUAAACCAUUAUCUAUUUCUAUAAUUCAAAUCAUGUAAAUUGUUAGGCUGCAUAGAUUAGGUCAGCCAGAACUGGGAUCAUUUCCCAUAACACCUGAUGUACUCGCUACAUCAUAAGAAGAAUGACUACGCUAAUAUUAGUCUCUCCCUGUUUAUCCCGAGGUUUGCCGCAGCCUGCCAGAUCCAGGCCGUAUCCAGAUGAGAUGAAGGACCUGCAUCUAGACAUGAUGAUAACGCAGCCCUGAAGUGUCAACUAAACUUUCCCUUGCGAAGGCCUCCUUCCCUUUCCUUUCCCUAUGUACAGAUAAAACGUUAUCAAAAUUAUUCCAGUUCGCAUAGAUCCACCGACACAUCUAAUUCUGUAUUAUGCGGACCAGACAGGUAAAUUAAAAAUACCAAGCUUCUGCACACAUACACACUCAAACAUGCAAACCUACAGACUAAACACGUAAAAUGAACAGCAAGAAUGCAUUAAAGCUAUUCGGUUUUCAGCAGGAAAGAUGUCAUUUAAGCGGCCCCUAAAGUAAUAAUUAACAAUUUUUACAACGGUAGUGAUUCAAUCAAAAACCAACUUUAGCUUGAUAAUAAUUUUCCUAUUAUUACUGUGAAGCUGCUUUGAAACAAUAUGUAUUGUGAAAAGCGCUAUAUAAAUAAAGAUGACUUGACUAGUGAUAUAACAAAUAGAGCACUGUUGCUGAAAUCGUCCUGUCUGUUGUUUAUAUAUAUAUAUGCAAGUAAUUGUUUUUUACCUAUAGGGAUGCAUUGACAUGUAAUUCCCUGUCAAGGGAACUCGUGCUGCAUCAAUUGACACUGUGGAAAGCUCUGCGUGAUUGCGUUGUGAAGCACGUGUGAAAUCAGUCCAAUGGCGUGACAAGACAUCAGAGGCGGGUGACGUUACAUCCAGAAAACUAUAAAGUAUGACCAAACAGUGCAGCGCUAGCUUCUGUGUCUUCAGAUAGCACUAUAUUCCAUGUAUCCUUCCUUCCACAACACAGGAAGUUCCUGAGGUUCGCUUUCGGGGGCAAAGCGUACAAAUAUUGGGUUGUUCCAUUCAGUCUAGCUUUAUCACCCCGCACUUUCACCAAAUAUAUGGAUGCAGCACUGGUACCGUUGUGUCUGCAGGGCAUCCGCAUUCUAAACUUUCUAAACUUUCUCUCCCCGGUGUCAUGUGACUCGUUAGUGUUACAAGGUCUCAGGUGUGAAUGGGGAGCAGGUGUGUUAAAUUUGGUGUUAUCGCUCUCACUCUCUCAUACUGGUCACUGGAAGUUCAACAUGGCACUCUCUGAGGAUCUAAAAAAAAAGAAUUGUUGCUCUACAUAAAGAUGGCGUAGGCUAUAAGAAGAUUGCCAAGACCCUAAGAACUGAGCUGCAGCAUGAUGGCCAAGACCAUACAGCGGUUUAACAGGACAGGUUCCACUCAGAACAGGCCUCGCCAUGGUCGACCAAAGAAGUUGAGUGUACGUGCUCAGCGUCAUAUCCAGAGGUUGUGUUUGGGAAGUAGACGUAUGAUUGCUGCCAGCAUUGCUGCAGAGGUUGAAGGGGUGGGGGCUCAGCCUGUCAGUGCUCAGACCAUACGCCGCACACUGCAUCAAAUUGGUCUGCAUGGCUGUCGUCCCAGAAGGAAGCCUCUUCUAAAGAUGAUGCACAAGAAAGCCCGCAAACAGUUUGCUGAAGACAAGCAGACUAAGGACAUGGAUUACUGGAACCAUGACCUGUGGUCUGAUGAGACCAAGAUAAACUUGAACAUUUUCACUUAGGGGUGUAAUCACUUUUGUGGCCAGCAGUUUAGACAUUAAUGGCUGUGUGUUGAGUUAUUUUGAGGGGACAGCAAAUUUACACUGCUUAUACAAGCUGUACACUCACUACUUUACAUUGUAGCAAAGUGUCAUUUCUUCAGUGUUGUCACAUGAAAAGAUAUAAUAAAAUAUUUACAAAAAUGUGAGGGGUGUACUCACUUCUGUGAGAUACUGUAUUACUGCAGUUUCCAACAGAAAUUAACACUAGAGGCAGUAAAACAGCAAGCACUUUUAAUCGUUUUCAUACACAGUUAUGAUUAUAGGGUCAGAUUAUGGAUUAUUAAAGACUUGUUUUCACGUCUCCUUACACAAUAUUAUGUUAUGAUCUCAAAACACUUUUUACCAAAGUGCAUGAUUUGUAAACAAAUACAUUUUGGACUUUGCAUCGCUUAACCAGCUCCAUAUGUUUUGCUUUUCUGACAUAACAAGCUUGUUCGGUAGCUCAGCUGGUAAGGAAUUGUAAUUAGAUGCGGAAGCCUUGGGUACGAAUCCUGUGAAAGACGAGUCACGGUAAAAGAGCUCAAAGAUGAGAAAUUGAAAAAAAGCUAAAAUGCCAUGAUUACGAAUGCUUUUUAUGUCACAUUUGCUUUUGUUAACACUAUCGGGUAGGUUUAGGUGUAGUGUUGGUGGUGCAUUACUUUAAAACGUAAUGGAGCAUUACACUUUUAGCGCCACUCACCAGACAUUUUAAAUCAGAACUGCGGUGACACGUUUAAAACCAAUGUAAAAACAUACUAUAUUCACGUUCAUCUGUUUGAGAAAAAAACUGAACACACUUUUAGCGCCACUCAGUGGACAUUUCACAUUGAAACUGUCACGAAACGUAUAUGGCGCUACGUAUUUUCGUAGCGCCACAGGUUCCCCACAGGUACGUUUUUCUAAUGAGACUGGGCUGACAUUAACUGCCUGGAAAUGAUGGCUGUCUUUCUUGCUCUCACAAAUUUCCUCCCAGGUCUCAGGGGCCACUAUGUCCUUGUCCACUCAGACAACACAUCAGUGAUUGCCUACAUAAAUCACCAGGGGGGUUUGCACUAGAGGUCUGCUACCUGACCCGAGCCCGACAGGUCCUGAAGAUCUUGCAGGUUUUGGGUCGGGUUCGGGUUAAGGUUUCAUGAAUAGCUUCGGGUUUGUGACUGAGAAAAACUAUAUAGGCUAUAUAAGAUUUGCGUGCCAUUUGCAGUGUUGUGGCCGAAAUAGCAUGCGAGUUUGGGAGCACAUUUAUUUAAAAUUUAUAUAUUAACAGAACUGUUUUGCGCAUGUGCUCCCGCUCUAGCGUGCUCUUUCGGUCACAACGCAUUACACGGCACUCAAACCUUUAGCUAUGAGUGUGAUAAGACAAAAAAUUACUGAGGGAAAACUUAUUACAGUGCCAAAUGCAGGGAAAGCUGCACUACAAAUUCUACCAAAUAAUAGGGAAAAUAUUCAUCAGACACAGUCACUCCUCGUGUUUGCUGCAUAACAGAUGAGCCAGGGUGUAGCACAAAAUUAUACACAAACUACAAAAUUACUACGCAAUAAUGUGUGUGUGAAGUGAAUGUGUCAUGAUCCCAGCCUGUGUUCCCCUGUCUUGUGGACUUUUGUUGUAUUUCCUGUCCUAGUGCCAUGUUUUGUAGUCCUUUGUAGUUUUUCUAGUUUAGUUAUCUGAUUGUUCCCAGGUGUUUCUUGUUUGCCAAUCACCCCUUGUGUAUAUAUACCCCAGUGUUUCUCAUGUUCUUUGGUGUUGUCCUACUCAGCUGUAUCGUGUGCAUUUGUUUUAGUUCUUGUUGUUCCCUGUUAUGGAUUAACCAGUUCAUUGUCUGGACUCUUGUGUUCUCUGCCUGGAUUUACCUCUGUUGUUUUGUUUAAAUAAACUCUUAAACUGCAUCUGGAUCCAACGUGCCAUCUUCUAAAACAGCCACGUUACACCAGAACACCAGACCUCACAUGGAUCCAGCAGUGAGACUUAUGCAGGACUAUGUACUGGACUUCAUCGAGCUGGCUCAUUUGACAAACUUGGACACGGUAUGUCUCAUGAUUUUUUUUAGAGGGGGGCUAUCCGAGCCACUCAGUUAAGUCAUGCCACUACAUGACCCUCAUUGGACGUUAGAAUUUUAUAUUGACUUGGCACUGCAACUGAGCGGCUCAGCAUUUACUGUAGGAGUUGUGGAGGAGGAACCCGACAUUCCUGCUGUACCAGCCACACAAGCCAAGAUGGCCGCCAUUCCAGAGCCUCUCCCUAAGAUGGCCGCCACUCCAGAGCCUCUUUCCAAGAUGGCCGCCACUCCAGAGCCUCGUCAUGUCUCAGCAGAUCUUCCAGAGCCUCGUCACGUCUCCGCAGAUCUUCCAGAGCCUCGUCGCAUCUCCGCAGAUCUUCCAGAGCCUUGUCACGUCUCCGCAGAUCUUCCAGAGCCCUCUCCAGCCCGUGAGUUCACGCCUGAGCCCUCAGCCAAUAUGGCUGCCACACCUGAGCCCUCAGCCAAGAUGGCUGUCACGCCUGAGCCCUCAGAGAUUGCAGCGCUGGCCAUUAUAGCCACAGCCAUUUGCUGUGCGUGGGCUGCGCACACAUCCGCUCCACUCCAUGAAUCAGCUCCAGUCCAUGAAUCCGAUCCAGAGACCGCUCCCGUCCAUGAAUCCUUUCCUGAGUUUAUUCCAGUCCAUGAAGUCAUUACAGAGCCCGGUUCAGUCCUCGAGUGUUUUGCUGAGCUCGUUUCAGUCCAUGAGGUCAUUCUAGAGCCCGCUUCAGUCCACGAAUCCUCUCCUGAGCUUACUCUAGUUCAUAAAGUCAUUGCUGAGCCUGACUCUGAUCCUGAGCCUGUUCUCAUCUAUAAGUCUGUUCCUGAGCCUGAGUCUGUUCCUGAACCCAAGUCUGUUUCUGAGCCUGAGCUUGAGCUUGAGUCUGUUCCUGAGUCUGUCUCUGAGCCUGUUCUCAUCUACGAAUCUGUUCCUGAGCCUAUUUGCGUCUACAAAUCUGUUCCUGAGCCUAUUCCUGAGGUUGUUUCUGAGCCUGUUCGAGUCCACGGGUCUGAUCCUGUUUCUGAGACUGUUCAUGAAUUUGUGCACUCUGUACCUAUACCCGUCCACGAAAUUGACACCAAGCUUACUCCAGAAUCUGUAUGCCUUGUCAGCUUUGAGAGGUUUGCUUGGCCCUGGUUUGCUGCUGAUUCGCCUUGGGAGUUUCUGAUUCCAUCUACUAGGCUCUGGUGGUCAUCUGCUCCACCGUGGGGGUCUUCAAGCCCGUCUACACUGCUGUGGUGGUCAUCUGCUCCGCUGUGGGGGUCUUCAAGCCCAUCUGUACUGCUGUGGUGGUCGUCUGCUCCACCGUGGGGGUCUUCAAGUCCGUCUGCACUGCUGUGGUGGUCAUCUGCUCCACCGUGGGGGUCUUCAAAGCCCGCCGGCUCCGCCCAGGUCCGCCUAUGCCCCACGGCCCAUCUGGAUCCAACGUGCUAUCUUCUAAAACAGCCACGGUACAGAAUGACUGUAAUGAGCAUAACGCAAAUCAAAUAGUCACGCUGCUGUCUCUCAGAAAUCAGAGCUUUAUCAAGAGUACAUCAUAAACAUUUUCUACUAUUUGAUAUAUUUAAAUGUUUCAAACCUUGUACGAUAAGAUGCACAAGUGUAAACUCUAUGAAUGAAAUGAGCAUGCACAGUAUGUUCGUAAAUCAAAUAGAUGCGUUUCUUUUGUGUUUCUCAGAAAUUAGCUUUGUCAAGAGCAAGCUACUUUCAUCUAAAACUACCUACAUAAUACAUAUUUUGUAUUAUUUGAUAUGUGUAUUUAAAUCUUCCUGUGGUCCCAAGGAAAGAUGCUUUCACUCAGGUGCCAAAAUCAGGGAGCAGCAGGCUGAGGCCCAGGGAAUGGAGUCUCUACCCUGAGGUGGUGAUGCAGAUAUGGAGGGUGUUCAGCCAGGCACAAGUGGAUCUGUUUUCGUCUCAAGAGAUGUCUCACUGUCCAUUCUGGUUCUUCCUUAUGCAUCUAGCUCCUCUAGGACUGGAUGCUAUGGUUCAGACAUGGUCGAAGCUACGUCUGUAUGCUUUUUCCCCAAUCACCUUGCUACCAGAAGUUCUGGAAAGAGUUUGCUGGGACAAGGUCUGUCUUAUCUUGAUUGCCCCAUGAUGGCCGGGCAGAGUAUGGUUUUCAGAUUUUGUGUCUCUCCUCGACAGAUUCCAGUCAGCAGAGACCUUCUAUUCCCAGGCGGGGGGCUCAAUAUUCCACCAAUGCCCAGAACUGUGGAAACUGUGGGCGUG